GGGGUCGCCCGGGGCGCGGAGGGUCGGCCGGGAGACCCUGGCAGUGACCUCCGUGGUCGCGGAGCUCAGAUACCCAGCCGCCUCUGCCCCAGUGAGACCGUGACAAUGGGGGUGGUUCGAUUCGGCUCGAAACGCCGAGUGACGUGACAGGAAACAGUGCAAAAGGAAAUAGCUGCAGUUUGCAGCGAGUGGGCGUGUGUCGGCUGCUGACUGUUGGCGGUGACACGGCUGACAGUCCGGCCGACAGUCACCAUGUCGGGCGUCCGUCACCUGCUGACGGUCGGAUGCCGGUCGAGGUCACUGACCCCGACCGGCCGCGGCGGGCCGGUGUCGCCGGCGGCCGGCCGUCGUCUCUCGCUGCACGCGUCGCCCCGCGACCCGGCUGGCCCCCCGCCGGGGGCGCUCCAGCUGUCCGUCCCGGCCCCCGGCGCCGGCCCCGGCGCCCGGCGGCCCCGGCGUGGCUCAGCCGUCUCGCCCGUAGCUCUGCUGUUCCGGCGGUCACCACUACGACCUGAUCAGCCCUGGAACAGGUCCAUUCUGCCCCGGCCGUCUCUGCUGGUGACGCCGGGGUCGCCGCCGGACGAGAUCCCCGACCCGUUCGCCAGCGGGGACGUACGCAGCGCCACCUGUCACAAAACAUACGAAGAUGACAGCGCUACCUACACAGCUGCGAGUCCCGCCAGCCCGGCGCCGGUGCGGCUGGACGGCGAGCCGCCGCCGGGAGUCCCUCGGACUCCGGUGAUCACUGGACCCCGGCGAGGGAGCUGGAUCGGCGCCGGACUGAAGUUCGACACCCCGGAGAGGACGGAGGUGGAGGAACACGGCCUGGAUUCGCACCCGGAUGUGCCCGUGCUCGGCAGAGGCGCCUUCGGAACGGUGGUGCUCGGGAGGAGGAGAGAGCGGCCGGUGGCGGUGAAGGUGGUGCGCGGCCGGCCGCCCAGCGCCGGCGACCUGCUGGCGCGCCGGCUGCGUCACCCGCACCUGGUGGCCGUCUACGGCGUGUACGGUGUGAACGCGGCCUUCUCCACCGUGGAGAUGGAGUACUGCGGCGGCGCCAGCCUGCAGGCGCUGCUGGACGCCGCCGACGGACCCCUGCCGGCCGCCGAUGUGGCCAGGUUCGUGACACAGCUGGUCUCCGCGCUGGCCUACUGUCACGGAGAGGGGGUGAUUCACCUGGACCUGAAGCCGGCAAACGUGAUCGUCACCCGCGCCGGUGAUCUGAAACUGGGGGACUUUGGCAGCGCGCGCAGCGUCGACGACCAGGAGGCACGCGGGAGUGGAGCACGCGGCACCGUACCCUACAUGGCCCCGGAGCUGUUCCGUGGCGAGCGUGCCACGUGCCGGGCGGACGUGUACGCGCUGGGCGUGUGCACGUGGCAGCUGCUGAGCGGGCGGCGCCCGUUCGCCGGUCUCCAGCCCGAGACGGUCAUCUACAUCGUGGUGGCGCUGCGGCGGCGGCCCGAACCGCAGCUUUCCGCCGCGGCCGGCAGGUGGCAGUGUGUGGUGGAGCGCUGCUGGGCGCAGGAGGCCCGCUCGCGGCCCGAUGCCGAGCAGCUCGAGCGCUGGCUGCUGGCGCUGGACGGCGACGGUGUCUGGAUCCGGGAUCCGUUCUGAGGCGCCGGGCCAGGCUGGAAUGCGGACGGCUCAAUGGACGGCUCAAUGAGCCCAGUUUCUCGGCACUCCCGCUGACAUUUUAUGCCGUCCCGUUUUGUUGAUAUUUUAUCGUUAUUUUAUUGUUCAUCGUUCCACACAAAUCAAAUAUAUUCAUCAGGCAUGUUA